GCGAACGUUACAUUUUGCCAUAGAAAAGUGGACAUAUCGAGAGGUGCGAGCGAACAAGUACGACAAUGCGCGUGUCGGUGAUCGUCGCUGUAGUGUUGCUACAGGCCAUUUACGUGUCCGCCGGGGGGCCACCUGACUGGGUGCCCCCGGAGAUGUUGGAAAUGGUUCAAGGUGACAAGAAACGGUGCAUGGGCGAACAUGGAACCUCCCAGGCACUUAUCGACGAAGUUAACAAUGGAAACCUCGCGGACGACCGCAGUAUAGCGUGCUACAUGCAUUGCAUGCUCGAUGCGUUCAGUUUGGUUGAUGAAGAGGGUAACCUGGAAACGGAGAUGCUGCUAGGGGUUAUCCCGGAACAAUUUCUGGAACUUGCCACCGAGCUUUUGAACAAAUGCGCCGUACAAGAGGGUGCUGACGGAUGUGAAAAAGUAUUUAAGAUAGCGAAAUGCGUCCAAGCUACCAAGCCAGAACUGUGGUUCAUGGUUUAAUUCGACGCGUACGAGACGAGUUUACUCUACCACGUGUGAUGACAUUCUCCAACGUAUCUCACGUGUAACGUUACACAAAUCUUGAUCUAUAGCAAAUCAUCGUGGAUGAAAACGGGGGACAAAGAAGUAGCAAGGAGAUUGAAAUUAUGUACACUUAGCAAAAGUCAAUUGUGUAAUAAUAUUAGUAAGUAAUCCGGAUGAACAUUCCAUGCGGUCUAACGUGAAUAAAAUUGAUAGAAGAUACUGUGAAAUAUUGGAUAAACUAUAAAUAUGCAUUGAAACCGAAUCAGAUCCGAGCACAAUAGCGAAUUGAAGGGAGGAGAGUAAAGUAUCGAUGCGUAAUAACGAGCUAUUUAUGAGACUAUUGUUUGAUUAAACAAUUUUUUAUGAUUG